UGUGUCGCGGUAGUGCAGCUCAAGCUGGAGUCGUGGUCUUGUGCUGAGCAUGUUGGAUCUGUGGAGACCGAGUCGCCGCUGCAGUCUGGCUUAGGGGAUUGCGAGAGCCGAGGAAAGCACCGAGUCCAAGGCCUGCGGAGACUGGAGUGUUAUUAUCAGCAAACCUGCGACUUGCUGGAGGACACCUUUCUGUGCCUCUGCACACACGUUUAUCGGUGUGUGCAACAGCACCCAGGGAAAUCCCAGCCUGCAAACUGACCUCUGCCCGGCAGGUUGUGAUCUCCUCUAACACACCCGAGAAUAAUACUGCUAGCUGAAGAGACUCCUCGACCAGUCUGUCUGCAAAGAAAAUGACAGCAGGUACAGCAGGAAUGUCGCCCUUACUGCUUGGGCACGUCACAAGCUGGAGAUGCAGAGUGGGGCCAUUUGUUUGGGCUUGCUGUUAGUAUGGUAUCCGUGACUUCUGUGCAACAAAUUGAGAAUUUGCAUGAAGGCUGCAGGAAGAGAAAGGACUGACCGUGCGUUUUGUUAAAUGAGACGGCUCUUGCUGACAGGCAGGGAUAUGUUUGAAAUUCUUUAAACGGUUUGGAGAAGAGAGAGAAAUCUAUUUUUUGAAGUUUUAUCUGUUCCAGCAAAUUCCAUUUCAGUGGAAACGGACGUCUUCUCUUGACCUAAUUUAAGCGGUUUGGAGAUGAUCAGUAACAAAAGGGAGUGACUGACUCAGAAUUAGCAGGUUACCAGUGAGGAAUGGUGGAUCAGACAGCAGGAUGAAUUAGCGAUAUUAUAAAUGUAACAUUCCAGACUGGGGUAAACUGUGAAUAUGCGUUGCCUGGCUGCUCGCGUGAACUAUAAGACUCUGAUCAUCAUCUGUGCCAUCUUCACCCUCGUGACUGUGCUGUUGUGGAACAAGUGCUCCAGUGACGCAGCCAACCGCUUCCCGCGAGACCAGAGCCUGUUGGAUAACAGGCUGUGGAGGGAGAGCUUAGAGAAGCGGCCAGCUGCCUCGGAGAGCAACAGCCAUGCAAACAACGCCCCUGCGCCAAAGCAGCAGCAGCAGUCAGAGGAAGCGUCGCCCCAGGAGCAGCAGAAGGCUCCCCCGGUGGUGGGAGUGGGGAAUAGCAAUGUUAACAAAGUGCUGGGAAUCAAGUACGAAGAGAUAGACUGCCUAAUUAACGACGAGAACACAAUCAAGGGAAGAAGGGAGGGGAACGAGGUCUAUCUUCCUUUCAGCUGGGUCGAGAAGUAUUUCGAAGUGUACGGAAAGAUUGCCCAGUACGACGGCUACGAGAGGUUUGAGUUCUCGCACAGCUACUCCAGAGUCUAUGCCCAGCGGGAGCCCUACCACCGGGAUGGGGUGUUCAUGUCCUUCGAGGGGUACAAUGUGGAGGUUCGGGACAGAGUGAAGUGCAUCAGUGGAGUGGAAGGAGUUCCUCUGUCCACGCAGUGGGGGCCUCAAGGCUACUUCUACCCAAUCCAGAUCGCACAGUAUGGGCUGAGUCACUACAGCAAGAACCUGACGGAGAAGCCCCCGCACAUCGAAGUGUACGAGAACGCUGAGGACAGAGACAGCAGGCAGCAGAGUGGCUGGACCGCUCCCAGGGGAUGCACCAUCUCUUCAGUGCAUGACAAAACCAGGUCCAGCACAGUCAAGCAGUUCAGUGCACCAGAAGCUUCAGGUGGAGUCUGGCUGCCCCUUGGGAACACAAAAGAUUUCAUCAUCUCGUUUGACCUCCGAUUCGUGACGAACGGAAGCGUUUCGGUGGUCCUCGAGACGACUGAGAAGAACCAGCAGUUUGUUAUCCACUACGUCUCCAACACGCAGCUCAUAUCUUUCAAAGACAGGGACAUCUACUAUGGCAUCGGGGCCAGGACUAGCUGGAGUACUGUCACCAGAGACCUGGUGACCGACCUAAAAAAAGGAGUCGGGCUUUCCAACACCAAGGCUGUCAAGCAGACUAAAAUCACGCCCAAGCGGGUGGUUAAGAUUGUGCUGAAAGGGAAAGGCUUCAUCGAUAACAUCACCAUAUCCACGACCGCCCACAUGGCUGCCUUCUUCGCCGCCAGCGAUUGGCUGGUGAAGAAUCAGGACGACCGAGGGGGCUGGCCCAUCAUGGUGACACGGAAACUCGGGGAGGGCUUCAAGUCGCUGGACCCUGGCUGGUAUUCCGCCAUGGCGCAGGGACAGGCCAUGUCCACGCUGGUUAGAGCCUACCUGCUUACUAAAGAUCCGGUGUACCUCAGUGCCGCUCUCAAGGCAACAGCACCCUACAAACGGCCAUCGGGGCAGCAUGGCGUCAAGACCGUGUUCAUGAACAAGUAUGACUGGUACGAGGAGUACCCCACCACCCCGAGCUCUUUUGUUUUAAAUGGCUUCAUUUACUCUUUGAUAGGCCUCUACGACCUGAAAGAGACUGCAGGGGAGCCCCUGGGGCGGGAGGCUCAAGUGCUGUACAGCCGGGGCUUGGAGUCCCUCAAAGCCAUGCUGCCGCUGUACGACACGGGCUCCGGCACCAUCUACGACCUUCGGCACUUCAUGCUGGGGACGGCGCCCAACCUGGCGCGCUGGGACUAUCACACCACGCACAUCAACCAGCUGCAGCUGCUGGGCACUGUGGAGGACUCGCCUGUCUUCAAAGACUUUGUCAAGCGCUGGAAGAGCUACCUGAAAGGAGGCAGGGCAAAGCACAACUAGAGCUUUCAACCAAAACCCAAGGCGUUUCACUCAUUCAGGCUGUACUGUGUCGACUAUUUGUUUUUGUAUGAAAUGAACACACAAAGCCAUUUGAAAGUUGUAUACAGAGUUGCUAUUGUUGCUGUGUUUUUGUUUUUAUUCAUUCAGCCAUUUUUUGAAAAAAGAAUACUGUGUUGAUACCUAUCAAUGUAAGAUUAUUUAAUAACACGUACUCACACACUUGCAUUUAAUAAUGUUUUACUUUUUUCUUGAGUCUCAGUGCUGCGUGUGCAGGCUGUGGUAGAUAUCCAUUUCCCUUGAUUGUGAAUGGAGCUGUGCCAUUGGGUUUGGAUACACCUGUCCUUCUACCCUUGUUUGAGUGGGUGUUUCCUGUUUUAAACAGCUGCUUCAGCUUGGGGUCAGACCUGACCCUCUACAUGUCAAUCACAAUCGAGAAGGCUUUUCCAGUGACCCUCCAUUUCAUUUUAACACCUGCCUCAAAAAAAUUGUUUAAAGGGAUGUACAGUACUGGAAAUACUUGUGCUGAUCUUCACUCUGCAAGAGCAUAAAAAAACUGUUGGUGAGAGACCGGGUAGAGGUAUUUACCAGUUUGUAUCUUAGAGAGAGAAUUUAAAAAUCCUCUUUUGGUGCUAAAUUCAUUUUCUUUCUUUCUUUUUUUUUUAAUAUAUAGAUAUAUAUAGAUGGAUGCUUCAUGUAUUGUCACCAAGGGUGGGCUGGGUGCAAUUACAAGCAUUGCAUUAUUAUUAUUAAUAUAUAUAUAUAUUUAUUUAAAACACAUUGGGAUCUGUUUGCAUAAUUUAUUGCUAGUGGUUUGGCCUAAAAAAAAAAAAAAAAUCAAAAUGAAGUGUUUGAGGAGUAGGUGUGUCUUCUGAAGCAAAACUGGUGGCUGCAGCAGUCUGCUGGUUGCAGAUGAGCCUGUAGGAUGCUGCAUUGUGAUUUGAUGUACAGGUUUAAAAUACAACGGAAAAUACCUUUUCAAACGCGUUCGCUUUGGUACCUGCCAUUUGGCUGAGUUGUGUAUGAAUUGUCAAAACGUUUAGUACUGAUUCAGUUGAAGAUUGUGCUGUUGCAAACCAGAAAACCAUGACCCAAUUUCAUGCCUUAUAAUGUGGGGUUUCUAAAGGGACUAUAAACAUGUACUAGAGCCUUAUCGGGUUAUUCUGAACUUCUUUGAAAUGUACGAAACUUUAAAUCAGCACAUGGGUUAAUCACGAUUUCUUUUUGGAAAUACAGUGCUUGCACAGUCCCUUGCUGGCUGUGCACUAGAAAUUUACUCAGUUUGUCACACAGCUACCUCUUCCACAAGAGCAUAGUAAGAGGCAGUGAUGUUGAAGUUUGGUCCUAAAUGUAAGUUUCGAUACAGUUUAAUUCCGAACAAUCUGCACCUGCAAUUUUGCAUCUUUAUCUCGUUAUUUACAGUCAAACACAGAAAGGAUCAUUCUCCAUAUGUCCCGGUGCUGCUUCUGCUUAUUAAAGACAAAUUAGCAUACAAUCAUAAGUGAGGUAGAAGGAUCCAUAUGUCUUCACAAUAUUAUAUGUAUAUUGUAAGGUGUCAACUCAUUGAACAAACUGACUGACUGACUGGCCCAGUGUACAGUUCAUGAGUCAUUUAUAUACUGUAUAAAAGUUAACACAACAAAUUGUAUGUUGUAGAAACACAAUCUUUCACAAAUUUCACUUUUUUGUAUUAUGACUAUAAACUGAACUAUUUCAGGACAAGUCAAAUGAAAAGCAACAAAAGCGUUUUUAGAAUGUUACCAGAAGUUUCUUUUUUGUGUGUUUUAAGUUGCAGGUGUGCAUUGCUGGUUUCAUUACAAUGCCACUAACGGCCGAGUGGCCCUGUUUUUAAAAUGCAACCCUAAAGCUGGCAAUGGGUCUACAUCACAACCACUGGGGACUUUUUUGUUUUGUGUGACGUGUAUCUGUGCUACUUUGUCAUGCAAAAGGCUAAAUGAAAAAUAACUUGCUGCUUUUUUUUAAAUGUGACCUUUUUUUUUUUUUUGCAAAAAUGGAGCUGGCUGUGAAAAAAACAUUUUGUGUCAAGUACACACAAACUGGCAAACUUGCUUUUCAGAGCUUAUUGAACACCUGGGAUUUCUGAACAAGAAUCUUCUGAUGUCCUGUGGGGCAACCUGUAACGGCAAGACCCCGUGGCUACUUACAGAUCUGUUUCUGGAGGGCUUGAAAUGGUUGGGGCCAGUGCAGCCCUAAAAUGCCUUGUUGCAUAAAAAUGCUUGUUUUGCUUUUGGCCUAAUGUGUUGUCCAUUUGAUAGCACAAUAUUGGGGUCUACUUAUAUUAAUUUGUUUCUGGUGAAAUGUUGAAAUUGGGUUUCACUAGGUUAACAUUCAUCAAUGUACUACAUACCUUUCUCAGGGCUAAUGUACGCGAGUAGUAGGUAACCUAUCAAAUAGCAGGCUACUUUUAUCGAUUUUGGGAGACAUCUUUCAAUAAAAAAUGCUUUUCUCAAGUACAGCUAUGCAUAAGGUCACAUUUUAUUUUAUUCUUGCUUGUUUGCUUCAAUUGAUCAACACAACCAGUAGGUACAUGAAUGAAGUGUGUGUACAGAGCUUGUGUGCUGUUAAUACCAAAGUGUUCGAAGCCCAGAUUUCUAUUUAUUUUAAAUAGAUACUGUACUGUUAAAAGUGAUUGCAUACUGUUACUGUCUGUGCUGACAUUUCCAAUGGCCUCAUUGUGUGUUCAGUGUACUAGGCAACUUUGUAAUGCAGUUUUAAUCAUGUGGCUGCAGAUGUGCUCAUGAGGAAUAACUUGAACAGUUUUUAGCAACUGCCUGCCACAUAAAAAUCACCUGCCUUUGCAAAGAAAUACAUGUACAAAGUGAAUAGGACUGUGCCACUGACUUUGGGAAUUUUGUUUUCCUUUAAAAAAAAAAAAAAAAAAAAAGCAAUACUUUAAUAUGGACAGCUAUACAACUCAAUCAUUUCAUUAACGAACGUCGGCAGCAGUCUCCAAGCGCUAUUGAAAUUGUUGUAAGGGGGUUCUAUUUACAAGAAUGCUCCGAUUUUGUGCAUUGUUCAACGUUAUGAACACAUUUGCUUUCCGCAAGCUGUCUGUAUGUUUAGGCAGCACUAAAGCACAAUGGUAGAGCCUUGUGUCGGUGUUCUUUAUGUUCUGGACAAUGUGCAAGACUUUCCCUACAAGCUGCUAUUCUCAUUGAAAUUGUAAUUAUCGUCCAACAUGUACAUGUGGAGCUUCAGAUCUCAUGUCAUCUAAUGAUAUAAAUGUUUACUGGAUUCCUCAUAGGGGUGUCCUGUAAGAUUGUACAGACUUUGCAAUUUAAGCACAAUGUGCACAUUCUUUUUUUUUUUUUUAAA